AUGCAGGAGCCUCAGAAAGAUUUAUCUUUAAGACCUCCCACAGGGAUGAUACACGUCAUCCUUACCGCCCUAGGAAGAACCGACUCAUUUCCUUCUAGGGUACUGUCCGUGGCUCGGCUCCCAGCCGAGGACAGGGAAAAAGAGUUUAAAAGAUUUAAAAAGGGAAGCUCUUUGAUACUGGGGUUCUCGAACGAGGCUAAGAAGGGAACUAUCCAACCCCACAUCAAUGCUCUAGUGGUUACGCUCAGAAUUGGAGGUUUUGAUGUGAAGAGGGUAGUAGUGGAUCCGGGUAGCGCAGUGGAAGUAAUGUACCCUGACCUAUAUAAGGGGCUAAACUUAAGGCCGGAGGAUUUGACAGCUUAUGACUCUCCGCUUAUUAACUUCGAGGGGAAGACUGUCUUACCAAAAGGGCAGAUCAGAUUACCUAUACAGACCGGAUUAGAGGUGGUGGAGGUGGAUUUUAUCGUGGUCGACACGUACUUGCCCUACACAGCAAUAGUAGCCAGGCCAUGGAUCUACGCCCUGGAAGCCAUAUCUUCUACGCUCCACCAAAAGGUGAAGUUCCCGUCCGGAGGCCAAGUGGAAGAGAUUCGUGGAGAUCAGACCAUGGCCAGGCAAUCACAAAUCAACGAACUAGCCGAGGAGAUAAAAUGCGAGAGUUUAGAAAGAUUUACGGUGGACAAUGACCCAGAAAGAUUUUUCCAAGUCGGAUCGGAGCUACCUCUUCAAGAGAAAAAAGAACUGGUCGGGUUUCUGAGGAAAAAUGUUGAUAUAUUUGCAUGGGAUGCCUACGAUGCCCCGGGGGUUGACCAUAGUUUCAUUUGCCACUACUUAAAUGUUAAUCCAACUUCUAUUCCGAAGAAGCAGCCACCCCGACACCCUUCAAAAGAGCACGCCAAUGCCGUUAGGGACGAAGUGAUGAAGCUGAAAAAGGAAGGGGCUAUCAAAGAGGUCUUUUACCCCGAAUGGCUGGCAAAUACGGUGGUGGUGAGAAAGAAGACGGGGAAGUGGCAAGGUUAUCAUCAGAUACCGCUGGCAUUAGAAGAUCAGGAGAAAACAGCAUUCAUGACACCCGUUGGAAACUACCACUAUAAGGUGAUGCCUUUCAGAUUGAGGAAUGCAGGAUCAACUUACCAAAGGAUGAUGACCAGAAUGUUUGAACCACAGUUAGGCAAGCUUAUUGAAGUAUACAUAGACGAUAUGGUAGUAAAAAGUAAGGUGGUGUCCGAGCAUGUAAAAGACCUUGAGGUUGUCUUUGGCAUCUUAAGGGAACAUAAGUUGCACCUCAAUGCUUCCAAAUGUUCAUUCGGGGUUGGGUCUGGGAAAUUCCUGGGAUAUAUGGUAACCCAUAAAGGAAUAGAGGUAAGCCCGGACUAG